UGUCACCAGUCGGCCCUGGUGCCUAGCCCGUGCCAUAUCCUCCAUUUUUUGUCCCACCGGUGACAGGGGUAUCCCCAUUUGUAGCCCCGUCAACGGUUGCUAUCGUUUCCCUGGGCAUGCCGUUGUCAGGAGAGGUAACAACAGGGAGUAGUUUACAGGUUCCUGUACAGACAGUGUUUACUCCAAGUCCGUCGCAGGUUGCAGUCACCACGCAGCUUGCUGUCUCACAGUCUGUGCAGCCUCAGGGUACGCAGCCCCAACAGCUAGCACAACAACCUGUGUCACCGGGUCCACAACCCGGAGUGAUGCAGGGACCGGGACAAACUCAGUGGGUUUCGAAGACGGCCAUCGCCGCUCCCAAACCUUUUACAGGGGACAAGAGAGGCGAAGACCUCGACACAUGGUUGAGGGCAGUGCCGGUCUACGUCAGGUGUAAACUCACCUUGCCGCACGAAGAGGUGUUUGUGGCUGCUUCCUACCUAGAGGGUAGUGCAACAAGAUGGUUGAGUGACUUAAUACAACUCCAGGGGUAUGGUCAUGACUUCCGCGCUUGGGCGGCCUCCCAGAAAUUGGAGGACUUCCUGAAAAUGGUGGAAGAGAGGUGGCAUGAUCCUCAGGAGGCCCAAGGGGCCACUGAUGCGAUCCUGACACUGCACACUCGGCAGUUUAAGUCAGUAAGGGAAUCCACCGACGAUGUUGAGCGUCUAAUUUGUGUCCCAGGGGUGCGCUAUGACCCCCAGGUCCUGCUGACUUCGUACUUGAGAUGCUUUUCACAGCCUCUCAGGAACCAGUUGGCAAAAGAGGCCAAUAUCAACAUGCACAACUUUCCUUCGUUUAGCAAGGUGGCCCUAGACCUUGAGGCAAAGAUAGGGCAUGAACAGACACCCACUACGGAUGGGAGAAAAAAGACACUGCCUCCCAACUGGAAGGCGAAGGAUCGUCUCAUGUUUGUCGACAACGAUGGUUCAACCAUCGAGUUGGACGGCAACUUCCAGGAGGGAGUAGGUUUAGAGGCGGGCAACGUAGAAGCUUCAGAGGGUGGAGCAGUCGCUGCCGUUUUUCAAAAAGGUAUGUACUACCUCUCUGUGGCACAGCCCCAGUUUGACUGGGACCGAAAAGUGGUCAAACACACCUUGCCAAGUGGAGGGACCGCCAGAUUGCACAAGUUCAAAGCUAGUAGUCUGAUCGAGUCUCAUGGAUGCAUGUGUGCGGCCACGUUCUAUAACUAUUAUAAGCAAAAUCAUGAGGAGGGUAUGUACUUAGUUUAUGUCUCUGUUGCAGGCGAGCCGGUGAAAAUGUCGCCGGAGAUAGAGGGAGUAGUUGCCAAGUACCCUGAUCUAUUUGAAGAGCCAACCGGGGUUGUUGAGAGGGAGGUCGUCCACGCGAUAGAAAUUAUCCCAGGGUCUAGGAUCCCGAAGCGUAGGAUCUAUCGGAUGUCUCCAGGCGAGCUUGAUAAGCUUCACUGCCAACUGAAGGAACUCGUAGAGAAGGGUUGGAUCCGGUCGAGUGUCUCUUCUUAUGGAUCUCCAGUUCUAUUUGUACCUAAGAAGAAGGAGGGUACUCUUAGGAUGUGCAUUGACUAUAAGGGCCUCAGUCCCAUUACGGUAAAGAAUAAAGAGCCCCUACCGCACAUCGAUGAUCUGUUAGAUAGAGUGCAAGGGUUUCGGUACUUCAGUAAGAUAGAUCUGAAGUCCGGGUACCAUCAAAUUGCAAUCCGGCCCGAGGAUCAACACAAAACCGCCUUUAAGACCAGGUACAGUCUAUACGAGUUUGUGGUGAUGCCUUUCAGCCUUUGCAAUGCUCGUGACAACUUUCAACACGCUAUGAAUCGGAUAUACUAUGACUACUUAGAUAAGUUUGUCAUCGUGUACCUCGAUGACAUACUUAUUUUUAGUAAGACAGUCGAGGAGCACGUUGCUUUGGACAAAGUCCUCAGCCUCCUGCAACAACACAAGUUCAAGAUCAACGGUGAGAAGUGUGAGUUUGGUCGUACCCGUGUCUUGUACUUGGGUCAUGAGAUCUUCGCGGAAGGGUUAAAGCCCAAUGAAGCGAAGGUGGCCAACAUUCGUGAUUGGCCGCGUCCUCAGUCUGUGACUGAGAUGAGAUCGUUCUUAGGGAUGACCGGCUACUAUCGCAACUUCGUGGAGAACUAUAGCAUAGUGGCCGCAUCUUUGACCGAUCUGACCCGCCUUGACACCCCAUGGGAGUGGAUUGAGAGAUGCGAGGCUGCUUUCAGGCAUCUGAAGCAUGCGUUGACGCAUUACGGAGUAUUGAAACUUCCUGAUCCUGAUAAGCCAUUCAUAGUGACUACGGAUGCUAGCCAAUAUGGCAUAGGCGCCGUACUUGCACAGCAGGCGCGGAAAAAGUUGAGGCCAGUAGAGUACAUGUCCAAAAAGAUGCCCUCUCAGAAGUUGGCAAAGUCCACCUAUGAGAAGGAACUUUAUGCGGUGUAUAAGGCUCUGACCCAUUGGAGACAUUAUCUCCUUGGGAUGUUCUUUAUCCUCAGGACUGAUCAUCAGACCCUAAUGGAUGAGAACUCAGCCGGAUUACUGAUCACUGAGUUCGGGCUUGCGGACAAUGUUACUCAAUCCAUGGUGGAAGCUUAUCGCGAGGACCAGUUCAUGUCUGAGAUCAUACGCAGACUCCAGGCGAAGGACAAGAAGACUUCUGCUGAGUUCGAGUUUGUCAAUAGCUUGUUGUUUCUCGAGAAGGCAGGGAAUAAACCGGAUAAGUGGCCCACCAUGAUGAGAGACGCGAAGCUGUACGUGGAGACUUGUCAAGUUUGUCAAAGAGACAAGCCGCGUACUGAGGCUCCUAUUGGGCUCUUGAAGCAACUUCCGAUUCCGGAAAGGCCUGGUGAGAGUCUGUCCAUGGACUUCAUGGAUACGCUGGUCACCAACAAGAGUGGAAUGCGCUACGUCUAUGUUAUUGUGGAUAGGUUUAGUAAGUUUGCUAGAUUAGUUUCAAUGCCUGAGACAGUGAAGACAGAGCAUGUAAUCAAGCUGUUCAAAGAGAACUGGGUUAGAGAUUUUGGAUUGCCAAAGUCUAUAGUCAGUGACCGUGAUGUGCGAUUCACAAGUGAAUUGUGGAAAGCCGCAGCUGCAGAACAGGGAACGCAGCUGCAGAUGACAUCAGGAAACCAUCCCGAGGCAAAUGGACAAGCAAAACAGUUGAACCGCGUUGUACAACACCUGCUGGGGCAUUUUAUUAAGCCAAAUCAGGUAGACUGGGAUGAGAAACUUGCCCUCUUUGUCAGCCUGUACAAUAACGCAGUCCACAGCGCAACGGGCGUGAGCCCGAAUAGUCUGCUAUUAACUUUCAAGCCUAGACUGCCCUUGGACUUCCUACUACUUGACAACCAACCCUCUGUUGCACCAGGAACUUUAGAGUUUGCUUAUCGAUAUGAGCAAUUGAUGCAGCAGGCGGUUGAGCAUAUGCACAAGGCACAGGCGGCGAUGAUAGAGUAUGAAAACAAACACCGCCGCCCAUCUACGCUCCAGGUAGGAGAGAGAGUCUGGGUCAAGUCCUCAGAACUGGGACAGGAGCGCGGGAUCUCCCGCAAGCUCAUACCAGAGUACUUUGGACCAUGGGAAAUUCUAGAUGUUGUCGGGGAUGAGCCAGAUGGGCCUUCUUAUGUUAUUCGCAUCCCUGGUCACUUACGCACCUACCCUGUUUUUCACGCUUCUAAGCUUGCACCGUUUAGAGAAAUUGAUCAAUUCCCAUCUCGUCGCUCAAUGCUGCCCCCAACCAUGGACGGAGAGGUGGACAUUGAUGAUAUUGUGGAUCACAGAGAGCUGCCGGUAUCAAGACCAGCAUGCAGGGGACGUCCUCCAAAACCGAAGCUGAAGUACCGCGUUCGGUUCCGGCAUCACACUGAUCCGAAGGAGGACCGCUGGUUCACCAAGGAAGAGCUCAUGCAGACCGCUCCUCAAGUUGUAACUCAAUAUGAGAUCUCUGCAGAAGGGAAAGCGCCCUAUGCUUCUCAUAGGACUGUUGAAGCUAAGGAGGAGGGAAUGCGAGGCCACAGCCUCUCAGAGCCUCAUAAGGCCCCAAUUUUGCAGCCCGUCGGCCGCCCUAAGUGAAGGCAGGCUCGACGAGGCCCUCAGGGCCUUUUUCUGGCCACCACGCAACUCAGGGAAAUUCAGGCAGUUGCG